CGGUUGUCAUGACAACGUACACGUAAAACUAAAAAUUCAAACAUUUAGUUAUGUGAAUAAUAAACAAUGUGCACAUUAAAUUGUUUACAAUGACGAACUGUCUGUGCUCUUUUGCAUUUAAUGCAAGUAUAUACAUCUUAUAAAAUACAAUUUUUUUAUAGAUUGCGUAAAUUGACGUAUUUUAUAUACAGUAUAAUACGUGGAAUCGGUAAAAGUUGUAAUCUGACGUAUCGCAACUGUCGUUAUUGUCCGACCGUCGUUAUUGUAAAGUUGUUUGUGAUUUGUGUCGGUUACAAAAUUUGUGGAUAUUUUUAUGAAAAACAAUGAAUUCUAGAAGACGCCGUAGUGGCGAUUUUACAUCUUCAUUAUUGGAAUAUAAUCGUACAAUAGAAGCGGAGAAUACAGAGAUAGAUAUUUAUGAAUUAAAUUCUAUGGAAAUAGAAUUAGAAAAGAAGAAAAUGGUUAAUAUAAAAUCAAAUGAAACAAUAAGUGCAGAUACUACUAUUUUUCAAAAAGUUAUUGAAUUGAGAUCUCAAUUAAAGACUCAACAGCAAAAUUCGCCGAAAAUUAUAAAAACAUAUAAAAAUCAGGGAAAAAUAGAAAGCAUAUCACCAAUAAGUAAUGUUUUAAAUAAAAUCAGUAAAACCUUAGAAUUGAAACAAGAAAAGGAUAAUGUUCAAUCUCGAAUUGAAACAUGUCGUCAAGAACCAAGUAAAUUAUGGAAUGCCCUCACAAAUUUUAAUAGAAGUUUAAAUUCAGACAAAAGUGGUGUACAAUCACAUCAAAAAGUAUUGAGUAGACUUUCCCAAGAAUUUCAUUUGUCACCAGCAAAAUUUGCUGAAAAAUUGGUGACAAUAAUAGAAGAAUCUGUAAUGCCAUCAAUAUCUGAUCCAAAAGAUUAUUCCGGUGUCAGUGUACAUCGAAUGACGCAGGAAUUUCGCAAAUUAUGUAAAUUCAUUGAAGAUGAGUCAAUGCCAGAAUGGCUAAUAACAUCAGAUAUUCAAGAAGAACAAAUAGAAAAUCAAACUAUCGAAUUUGCUGAUGAGACUUGUUUGGAGGAAUUGGAAAGAUUUUCGUCAACACCAAUUAAUAGAGAGAAUGGAAUUAGGGAAAUCGAAACUUACCAAGAAACACCUAAAGGUAUUUUUAAAUUUGAUUCCACGCCGAAAUCUGAUAAGAAACAAUUUAAUAAAGCCAGGAAAAAUGGUCGAAUUAAUGAUACAAAUAAUUCAUUCGAAUAUUGGGAAACAAUGUGUAAUGGUGUAUUUUUACCCCAGCGAGGUUCACCACAAAAAUUAAGAAGAAGUUUAUCAUUACCUGAUUCACCAGUCACAAGAUUCAACAAUAUUAAAUCAACCUGCGAUCGUCAAAUGGCUUCUUUAGAUGACACUGCAAUCAAUGAGAGUCGAAUUGGUUAUAAGUCUCGAAAUUACAGGGAUAUAACGUUCAGUCCAAAAAAAUUAAUAAAGGAAAAAAAAUGUCAACCAAUUGAGAAAAAAUCAAUAUUUCAUCAAAAUGAAGCCAACAAUGAGUAUAGUUUCAAUUGUGAAGACGACAUGGAUAAGAGUUUUUUGGCAGAACUUGCACAGAGAAGGCAAAGAUGUUUCGAAACAGCGAAAAUAAUAAUGGAAAUUGACAAAAAUGAUCCCACAGUUACCAAUAAUUCAGAAGUAAAGAAAACAGCGGAACUUAUCGCAAAAUUAGCAAGUCCUAAUAAAUCUCUCUCCUUACCAUCAAAUAAUCUCGAUUUUCUAAAUACAAUCAAUCACUGCAUGGAGUAUCAAGAUUUUCUAUUGAAAAAGAGAAAAUCCAUUUUUCACAUUCUUAAAAAUCCAGUAUCUUCUGAUUCAAAAUUAGAAAAUAGUCCCGAAUUGAAGAAGACAGAAACUCCUAUUUCAUCAGUGAAAUCGAAAGCUCCCAUCGACACGAAAGUAAAGAUUAUGGAAAAGAAAGAGACAACAGUGCCAAAAAGAAAAUUCUUCUUCACACCAGGAAAAAGUCCACGAAAUGACGCUGUAAAACAGAAAAAAGAAUAUUUUCCACAAGUGGAAAGUAUUUACAAUUCACAAACAAUGGCAAAUAGUUUAAAGAGUCCUCGAACUCCAGAUGUGAGGAAAAAUCUGUAUGAUUAUGUAAAAUCGCCAAUUGCUGAAUAUAUAAGAGGUACCGAUACAAAAUUAGUCAAGAAUGUUCAGGGAAAAAAUAAUGAAUGGUUAUUAACGCCGCAACCAUUAGGAGUUUCAAAUGAAUCUAAAGGAAAUCGUCUUACACCAUUGAAAAGUUUUCAAGAAUCUUCGGCACUUAAAUUCAAUUUGUCUCCAUUAAAUAAAAAACAUCAAGAUGAAAAUAAUCUUAGGAAGGAAUUUCAAUUUCCUAAAGUUGAUUAUAAACCUUCUUCAAUUCAAAUGAUAAAUGAUGAUUGCGAGAUAACGUCUAAAAAUUCAGGGAAAAGGAUGAAGAAUUUAUUGAAAUCGUGUGAGAAAAAAAUUGUAAUUAGACACGAGGGACGUGUGGGUGUUGCAAGUCCAAGAAAUAUAAAUGAUAAUGGCUCGGGUACUUUAGUGGACACUUCAAUACAAGUAAAAACAAUAGCGAAAAAAACUGAUUCCAUUAGAUCACGAAAUGUUCGAUAAUAAUUAAAAAUCAAAGUUAUUUCGAUAUUUUAUACACGUAGCAUUUAUAUUUAAGCGUAAGAGGUUUGUUUCUUAGGAUACUAAGUUUAUUUUUCAUAUAAUUUUAUUUUCAUUUUUUUUCUACAAUUUAAACUUAAAUCAGAUUGUAAAUAAUCAAAAAAUGUUGCUUCAACUUAUCUUUAAGUGGUUAGCAAAGAUAUUUUUUUUCUAUUAAUAUAGUAAGGUAAUACAUUUUUUAAUAAUUUACUAUAUGUUUAAAUGAUGAUUAAUUAUAUUGCAUUAAUGCAAAUAAUUUUUUUGUUUGUACUUUCUUUUCAUUUGUAAAUCGUCUUCCAGUAUUUAAAACAUUAUUGAAUUUAAACGAAUAAUUUUCUAAUCGAAAUACAUGUUUCUGAUUUUUUAAAA